CUUGGUUUGUCGACUGUGUCAUAGUUCACAUGUCGUGUUGCGUUUCCUGCCCACACGGAUUGGGCGAGUGAUGUGAUGGCUUUCUUGCGGUUGUUUAUGCGGCGACACUUGCCGAUGGCUGCGUCCGAGUUGUGCCGCGUCGGCAAGCUCCCACGCCGGCAUCCGAGUGGCGGGCUUCACGGUACCGCGCGCUGGCGGAUAGGGGAGAAGGGGCCGUGGGGGAAGAGUCAGAGCCGGGGACCGGAGCCGCCACAGUACCAGUACCAACAACAGUACCAACACCAGCAGCAGAUGACAGAUUUGGACAAGGCGGACGCUUUGAUACUGAGAAAAUCUCACGAAACAGGUUUCUUGUCAUGGUUUCGAAACGGUCUGCUGGCGACUGGGAUCGGCGUCCUCGCCUUCGUCCAAAGCGAAGUAGGACGAGAGGCAGCCUACGUGUUCUUCACCCUGGGCGGAGUCUGCGUGUCGAUAGGAGCUGCCACCUACACCGCCAGCCUCAUCACCAUGCGCAGGCUGAUGAUGCUGUCUGUGCCCGCCGUGAUCUUCCAGGGCGCCAUGGUGGGAAGCGUCGCCCUCUUCUGGCUGUGCGCAGUAUCGCUCUACAUAGGAAGCUUGGAGGUGAAGAUCGUCUUCGAUGACGAGGAGGAGGAGGAAGAAGAGUGCCGGGAGUGUCAGGAGAGGCGCGGGCACAGGGGGCACCGUGGCGCUGAGGACGGGGACGGGAAGGGGGGCGACAAGUAGAGGUGUGUGCGUGUGUAAACAUGAAAAUAUGGGUGUCAUGCAGGCCAAAGCCAACUAUGGAACUUUAAUAACGAGGCCACUUUUUUCACCUAUGACCCCACACUUCAAGACCAUGGACACUCAACAGCCACUACAUUAGGCACACCUACACAGACACAGGCCUAAACAUAGCAAAUCUUAAAAAACGCUGGAAGGAAGCAGGCAAUUGUACAAAGUGGAAAAUCACUGUACAAUAACAUUAAACACACCAUUUAGUUUGUGUAUUCAUACCUUAUGAAGUGUCUCCUGAGUGGAAUUUUGUUUCCCUGAAGUUUGCUGAUGCAUUUGUUGACUUUAUGCAUGAUUUAGGGUUUUUUUGUGGGGUUAUUUUUAUGUAACUUCGGAGGAAGGGCUUACAGCUAAAUUACUGCUGCAUUGUAAGCAUUUAAAAAAAAAAAUAUUUUGGUGAGAUCCUGUUUAUAAUGUACAGUAGUUAAAAUUGUGUAGUCAGCUUUGAUGACAUUGAAAUAACUUUUGGGUGUGUAUCACAUCGCGCUUUUUAGAUUGGAGGUUAUUUGUACCUGUUGGUUAUUGUAUUUGCUGUUUACUUAAUGGUUUGUGUCAUCAAAUGAAAACAUGUAAAUUAU